AUGGGUAGUGGAGCUUCAACAUCAGAUCCUCAAAAUGGUCGUACAGACAAUGAAACUAAGCGAAUUACUCUUCAAGCCAAAGUCAAAGCUGUCGGAAUGUUAUCAAAAUUUUCAAAAUGGCGGCAACGUGAAAACGAUCGAAUUGAGCUUCGUAAACAGUUUGAUCAGUUAAAAAAAGAAAAGAAAGAAAUGUACGAAGAGAUUGAUAAAAUUUACUCAGAAGACGACGAUGCUGUUAGAUUCAGAAGAAAGUCCACUCAAGUUCCAGAUUUCGGAAGAGUCACCAGAAAUUCAGAUAAACCGUUUUGGGCCGCUUUUGAAUCAGACACUAAAUGUUUUCUAUGUAAUCAACCCAUAGAAUUUGAAUUGGGGUACCCAUGUCGAGUAUGUACGAGGAUAUUUCAUAAACAAUGUUUAAAUAAGUCUGGAGAGUGUAGGGUGAUUGAUAAAGAACUCUGUGCUAGAGCUAAAACGAACACUGGCUGGAGCUGCUAUAUCUGUGGAAAUCUUGGGUUGCUGUUAACAGAUGAAGAAAUGGAAGAUUUGGGCACAAAAUUUGAGAGAUUUGACAGAAACCAAGAUUCGGUCAUAUCAUUGAGUGAGUACGUGCUGAGUAGAGCAACAGAGCACUCGGACAGAGAGUGGAAACAACCAGAUGACUUUGAUAUGCAGAGGUAUAAACUCGACUUUCGAUUGGCUGAUAUUGAUAGUAAUGGUUCUCUUGAUUGGUGGGAAUUUAUAAAUCAUGAAGCUCAAAAGAUUUUAAUGAUGAGGCCAAAGGAUGAAUUAGUAGAACUGUUAACAGAGAAGGAAGUUUUAAAAGCCAAAUCUUUAUUCAGAACAUUCGAUAAAGAUAAUAAAGGAUUUAUAACGGAAAUGGGUGCUAAAACUGCUUAUAGAAACUGGUACCAACAAAUCGAUACCAAUACAACUGGAUGCAUAUUCUGGCCCCAGUUCCUGGAUGAACAAGCCUUAUAUCUACUGACAUCCAGACCCAAUCAAGCUGAUAUUUUCCGGAAAUCAAAGAAACUGGAGUGA